UUUCUGAAAAUUUUUCAUCGUAUCCUUGUUUAUGAAGAAGUUUCACAGAAUCUUUAUAACUUUCUGUUGAAUUUGAUAUUAGUUCUUCCCAUAUUUAUAGAUUUGCGCCAUCUCAGCAGCUGUUUGUUGGGGUUUUGGGAUUCUGGUUAUAUAUCAAUGAAAGGGGAAGUGCAGCUGGAACCUUCGAGUGAACGGAAUCCAAGCGAUUCCGAUCCUCUGCUCGAGAACAAGGCCAACACUUCCACAGGAAGUUCGAGCGAGAUAAAAGAUGAAGAGAUUGAACCUUUUUCUGCGGCUUGCUGUCGUAUCUGCCUCGAGUACGAUGGUGAAGCAGGUGAGGGAUUGAUAUCCCCAUGCAUGUGUAAAGGCACUCAACAGUUUGUUCAUCGUUCAUGCCUUGACCAUUGGCGCUCAGUGAAGGAAGGAUUUGCUUUUUCCCACUGCACAACUUGCAAGGCACAAUUCCAUCUUCAAGUUGACUUGUUAGAGGACUAUUCUUGGCGUAAAAUCAAAUUUAGAAUCUUCGUGGCCAGGGAUGUGCUCCUUGUAUUCUUGGCAGUACAAACUGUGAUUUCUGCAAUGGGUGGCUUUGCGUACGUCAUGGACAAAAAUGGGAGCUUCAGGAAUUCAUUCAGUGAUGGUUGGGACCGUAUCCUAUCAAAGCAUCCAAUACCCUUUUACUACUGCAUUGGGGUCCUAGCCUUCUUUGCACUGCUGGGGUUUUUUGGUCUCAUAUUACACUGCUCCUCUUUCAACAACAAUGACCCAUGCAUGGCUGGCUGUCGUAACUGUUGUUAUGGAUGGGGCAUAUUGGACUGCUUCCCAGCUUCUAUGGAAGCAUGCUUUGCCCUUGUUAUUAUUUUUGUCGUCAUCUUCACCAUCCUUGGCAUUGCCUAUGGCUUCCUUGCUGCCACAAUGGCUAUUCAGAGAAUCUGGCAAAGACAUUAUCACAUCCUUACCAAGAGGGAGCUCACAAAGGAAUAUGUAGUGGAGGAUCUUCGUGGGUGCUAUACACCGCCAAAACUGGACCGGGAACAUGAAGAACGUCUGAAAAUGCUUAAACUCUUGUAGGACAUAAUGCUUCUUUUACAUGAUAAGAACAGCUCUGGUCGAUGCCUGUGUAGAAUGUGAAUGACUGUAACUUUGUGAAACCUGGCAAAAGUUGAAGUAAAUAACAUGUAUAGAAUGGUUUUCUCCCUUGCA